CUUCGCAGAUCCAAACGGGCAUAAUCUCUUUCUUCGCAACCACGACAGUCGAAGCAAAAGCAGGGAGAGGCGGAAAGGGAGAUUGGCCGUGAUGGAUCCAAAGCUAACAGAAGUGUCGCAGCUGUUCGAGCGUUUCAAAGCUGCUCUUGUGAGGAACGAUUUCGAUACCUGCGCAAAUCUACUCUCUCAACUCAAGGUCUUGCUUACAGGAUUCAGAAGCUUACCACCUUUAUUUGAAGACACUCCAAAUGCAAUCCAUGAAUUGACAUUAGCGAGGGACAUAUACGAGCAUGCAGUUAUUUUGAGCGUGAAAACUGAGGAUCAGGAUGCAUUUGAGAGGGAUUUCUUUCAACUAAAGCCAUAUUAUACGGAUGCUAGUGGCCGUCUUCCUCAAUCUCCUCAAGAGUACAUAAUAUUAGGUCUCAACCUGUUGAGGCUCCUCGUGCAGAACAGAAUUGCAGAGUUCCAUACUGAAUUGGAACUGCUCUCAUCUACAGCUCUGGAGAAUCCUUGCAUCAAGCAUGCUGUAGAGCUGGAGCAAUCUUUUAUGGAAGGAGCUUAUAACCGUGUAUUGAGUGCUAGGCAGACUGCACCCCAUGAAUCUUUCGUUUACUUUAUGGAUCUUCUUGCAAAGACAGUUAGAGAUGAAAUAGGUGGCUGCAGUGAGAAAGCAUAUGAUUAUCUUUCAAUAAGUGAUGCUCGUCAAAUGCUGCUGUUUUCUUCUGACAAGGAACUUGCGGAUUACAUCAAGGAGGAUCAUCCUGAGUGGGAGAUAAAGGACGGAUGUGUGUUUUUCCAGAAGGCAAAGGAAACUGCCCCUUGCAAGGAGAUUCCAUCUCUGCAACUUAUCAAUCAAACGCUGAGUUAUGCUAGAGAGCUGGAGCGGAUUGUUUGAGAGAGCUACUAGUGUCUUGGCCAUAGUGUUGCCCAUUUUCUUCUUUGAUUCAGAAUAAUUCAGACUACGAACUUUAUUUGUCAUGUACUUUCCUUAUUUUGUGAUAAAAUUCGUCUUUGAUGCAAACCAUUUGAUAA